UACCGCUGGCCGUCGCAUACUGUAGAACGGCCACGUAUGCGACGACGGUCAGUGCUAGACAGUCUGAAGUUCGAGCCGCAAGUGAUUGGUCGCAAGGAUGCUGCGAACGUGCCUGACGAUCCUGCCGUUGCUCUUGCUCGGCGCGUUAGCCGACGAGAAGUAUAUCCUGGAGCUCACCGACGAGACGUUCGAGAGCGAGCUCACGCGUCACGAGAACACGCUCGUCAUGUUUUACGCACCAUGGUGCGGACAUUGCAAGCGCUUGAAGCCGGAGUACGCCAAGGCAGCGGAACUGCUUUUAGGCAGCGAGCCGCCCAUCACGCUGGCUAACAUAGAUUGUACAGGAGCUGGAAAGGAGACGUGCAAUAAGUACAGCGUCAGUGGCUACCCUACGCUUAAGAUCUUCGAAGGUGCCGAAAUGAGAUCUGAUUACAACGGUCCGAGGGAAGCACUUGGCAUCGCCAAGUACAUGAAGUCUCAAGUGGGACCCGCGUCCCAGCAGUUGACCAACGAAAAGUCCCACAAGACCUUCUUGGAGGGCGACGAGGUCAGCGUGGUGGGCUACUUCGAGAAGGACGACUCCCCGUUGGCUGCUGCGUAUCUCACGGUCACUAAGAAGCUCCGGGGCAAAGCCAGAUUCGCGCACACCUCGACGAACGAGCUGUUGGAAUCAGCGGGACACAAGAACACCAUCGUGCUCUAUCGGCCGAAGCAGCUGCACAACAAGUUCGAGCCUGACAGCGUGGUGUACGACGGCGGCGACUCCAUCGGCGAGGUCGCCGAGUUCAUCAGCAAGAACUACUUCGGUCUGGCCGGCGUCCGCACGCGCGACAACAAGGACGAGUUCAAGAACCCGCUGGUGAUCGCCUAUUACAACGUGGACUACGUGAAGAACGCUAAGAGCACCAAUUACUGGCGGAACAGGAUCAUGAAGGUCGCCAAGGACUUCCCCGAGUUCUCUUUCGCCAUAGCUUCCAAGGACGACUUCCAACACGAGCUGAACGAAUACGGCAUCGACUUCGUGAAGAACGACAAACCGGUGAUCCUGGCGCGCGACGCCAAGAAUCAGAAGUUCCUGCUGAAAGAAGAGUUCUCCGUCGACUCGUUCGAGACCUUCCUCAAGGAUCUGCAGAACGGCGCACUGGAGCCUUACCUAAAGUCCGAGCCGAUCCCGGAGAGCAACACCGGCAACGUGAAGAUCGCGGUUGCCAAGAACUUCGACGAGGUGGUCAACAACAACGGUAAGGACACGCUGAUCGAGUUCUACGCGCCGUGGUGCGCUCAUUGCAAGAAGCUCGCGCCGGUGUACGACCAACUGGGCGAGAAGAUGGCGGACGAGGACGUGGAGAUCGUCAAGUUCGACGCCACGGUGAACGACGUGCCGGCGCCCUACAACGUGCGCGGCUUCCCGACUCUCUUCUGGGCGCCCAGGGAUUCCAAGGAGAGCCCGAUCGAGUACGAAGGUAAACGCGGCCUCGAGGACCUCGUCGAGUACGUCGCCAAGCACGCCACCGACCAGCUCAAGGGCUACGAUCGCAAGGGCAAGCCGGUUAAGCCCAGGACCGAUGAUGAGUUGUAAAUUACGUCAGCCAUGAGAGAGAAAGAGAGAGAGUGAGAGUGAGAGAGAAAGAGAGAAAAAGAGAGAGAUAGAGCUAGAGAUCGCGAAGUUCGUUCCCGUUUGCAUUUCAAGACAGUACGCGUCUCGACGUUUACUUUUUAAGUAACACGCGCAAGGCGCAGCGCGAGGAGAACAUCCAAGAACGAGCGAGGCGUUCAGAAACGAGCGUGAGUCGAUAAUUCGUUCGAGGAAUUCCCCUUGAGGUGAAAAAGGGCUAUUCUGUAAUAGCGUAUACGUAGCCGUGUGGUCGAGUGGUUUGUAAAAUGUAAAAAGGCGGAAUUGUAAACUAGUACUACCGGUUGCGUACGGUGCAUUGUGAGAAAUUGGAUUUCAUCUUUCACGACUACGGCAGCGUAAGAACCGACCAGAAUGUCGUUAUUCACGCCAUCGCUUUUUUCGUCGACACAUGGAAAUGAGCGUGAGGACAGUUACGUUCUAAUCGGCUGCCGUAGUCGAGUUAUCUUAGCCCUGUUGUAGAUCAAUUUGUUCUACAACAUUUAUUACUAUUGCCAAAACCUUGCACCUACGUUUACGCCAUUGCAGAACGGCCUUAAGGCAUCGUGUUCCAACACGUACUUGGAAGAGCCGGAAAGAAUUCAGCGCGAUGGAGCAGAAGAAGGCUCGUGGUGACGUAGUGAAAAACGCGAAUUUGUCAACUCGGUCGAAGCUCCGAUCCGGAGCAGCUCGAAGGUGAAGUCUCGUCGUGGUGGGGCGGACUCACCUCGUCUCUGAACGGCUCGAGCACCGCCGGCGGGGACCGGUAAAAGAACGGGGAACAGACUAGCCUGAGAGUGCAAAUGUUGCCGCGCGAGACGGUUCGCAAUAAGUGCAAGGAGAGGAGGAGGAGGGUGGAGGACGUGUUGGAGCGGAAGAAUGCGUGUGUGUAUGUGCGUGUGUGUGUCCUCUAACGUAUAAGAUCGUCUACAUGUAUUAUUGUACACUUUGUAACGAUUGUAUGUAAGAACGAACGAACGCAGGACGGGGAUGCGGGACGCGCUCGCUCGCUCGCUCGCGCGAGCGUAACAGAACUGAUUUCAGAUUUUAUCCGCGGCAUGCUUUCCGGUGUUUCGAGAAAUUGCUGAUCCACCAUUCUUCGAGGAAGGCGCGCCAACGCGCGGUUGCUUCCUAUGUCCUCCGACAAGUAAGCUCCAUUCCAAUCUUGCGUGUUUUGAUUAUAUUACAGAACUAAUCUAAGUUAGAGGGAGAAUCGAUUUUUGUUUAUACACGGAAGAACCGAAAUAAAUUGUUUUAUACAAAACACUA